AUGUCAGCCACUAUUAAGCCUAUUCCUAUUACUGUCUUUACUGGUUUCUUGGGUAGUGGUAAAACUACUCAAAUUUUGAAUUUAUUACGUAGAGUCCCUGAAGAAUAUAAAGUUUGCUUGUUAAAAAAUGAAUUUGGUGAUAUUGCGGUUGACAGUCAAUUAGCUAAAGAAACUAACAUUGGCGUCCAAGAAAUGGUUAAUGGUUGCAUGUGUUGUGUACUUAUUGGUCAAAUGAAAUUGGCACUUCAAGAAUUAAGAGAUCAAUACAAUCCUGACAGAAUUAUUAUUGAAACAAGUGGUUCUGCUUUUCCUGCACCUAUUGCCUGGCAAAUUCGUGAAAUGGAAGAGGAGGGAUUUGUUUUAGAUUCAAUCAUUACUGUUAUUGAUUGUGAAAACUUUACAGGUUAUGAGGAUACUAGUUACACAGCUAAACUUCAAGCUCAAUAUACAGAUGUUAUUUUGCUCAAUAAGCAUGAAUUAAUAGACGAACGUAAAUUUGAUGAAGUGAUUGAUCACGUUAAUGUUUUGAACACCGAUACUCCCAAGGUGAAGUGUGACAAGACCGGUAUCUCGCCUGAUCUUGUUUUUGGAUUGGACACUCAAUUGUUCAAGGUUGGUUAUGGAAAGAAUCAUACUCUUGAGGAAUCUGUUUUUGACCCCAAGCAUCAAGAAAAUGAAGUUGACUUGAUUCAAAUUCUUCAAUCUACUACAGAAAAUGACAAGUUUUUGUCAACUGAACAGUUUGAAUCUUUCCUCAAGACAAUGCCUAAAGAAGAUAUUUAUCGUAUUAAGGGUUUUGUUCGUUUGGAUGAUGGUAAAUUGUCUAUUGUCAAUCAUGCCUUUGGUCGUUGGACGAUUACUCCCGUUGAAAAUGAAGAAACUCUAGAGAAUACAAAGGAUGUUCAAAUUAGAAUUACUGUCAUGGGCGAAGGUUUAAGAAUGUAUACAGAAAAAGUUAAAGCUCUUUUAAAUGGAGGUAAAGGUGAUGUUCAAUUGACACCUGCUCACCGUCAUUAA